AUGAAAUCCAGGAGUCAGGACCAGAGUUUGUCUGACUCCAGAGAGCUGGACAGAUCUUACGACCCACUUACAGGUAAUCCACCGUCCAAACCCAAUAAAAAGACCAUAAAGCAGCGCUUCCUCAAACUUCUCCCCUGCUAUCGCUCUGGCUCCAGUUCUUCAACGUCUCAAAGAAGUUCAAGUGAUGAUGCUGAACUGUCAACGGUGUGUUACCGACCGGAGGGGCUCGACCGUCUCGUACAGCAGACCAACUUCAGCAAGAAGGAGCUGCAGGUCCUGUACCGGGGAUUCAAAAACGAGUGUCCCAGUGGUGUGGUGAAUGAAGAGACUUUCAAAAGCAUCUACUCCCAGUUCUUCCCUCAGGGAGAUUCAAGUAUGUACGCUCAUUUCCUGUUUGAAGCUUUUGACACCCAUAACAACGGAUCCGUCAGCUUUGAGGACUUUGUUGUAAGUCUGUCCAUCAUCUUGAGAGGCUCCAUCACUGAUAAACUCAACUGGGCCUUCAAUCUGUACGAUCUCAACAAAGACGGCUGCAUCACCAGAGAGGAGAUGACAGACAUCAUGCGCUCCAUCUAUGACAUGAUGGGGAAGUAUACCUACCCCUGCAUGAGGGACAACGCUCCCAAGGAGCAUGUUGACAACUUCUUCCAGAAAAUGGACAGGAACAAUGACGGAGUGGUCACCAUCGAGGAGUUCUUAGAGACAUGCCAAAAGGACGAGAGCAUCAUGCAGUCCAUGCACAUGUUUGACCAUGUGAUCUAAAGCUUGAGAAAUAUAAGAUUUUUCCUGCUGCCUGGAGCUCGUCUAAAGUUCUUCAGCCCCCAGCCAGAGUGGACGGAGUUUCUGGGCCCUAAAUAGAGUGGUGCAGGGUGCAAACAACAGCGACCUGAGGAUAUCUUCCCCCAAACCACCUUUUCUUGUGAAAUGUCUUUUUAUUUAAGGUGUAUAGGGAGACAGCAAAGGUGGAUUUUGGUGUUUUAAGAGCUUGUAUCACGAUUGAAAGAUUUGUGCGGACCACUUUGAACAAGAAAUGUUUAAUGCUGCGGAAAAGCAGCUCAAUAACAACAAGCAUUGAUGGCUCAAAAACAGCAGAUACAGUAGGCGACAGUCGUGGCCUCUUCGCUCACACAAAUGAUGACUAUUAACUUAUCAUAUUUUCUCUAUUGCAUGAAUGAAUGUGCAGACACAUGGAACUAAUUGAACAAUGCUCAAAGUGUUGUAGAGUACCACUCACUGUCUAUACUCACAGUAAUCCUAAGGCGGCUCUAAUAACGGGAUGAAAAUCAAGCAAUAAUCUUAAAGUAACAUGUUAUGAAAUAUGUCCUCAGUGUUGUCAUGGGGCUCACCACUCACAUUUACUGUAAUACUGUAUAUUGUGUCUGCAUGAUGUGUCUGUAUCGCCUGGCCAUUGAAAUGUUUAAUUAAAGUGUUGAUAUAUUUUCUAUAUGGACAUGGUUACAAUGAUAAUUAUGAAGAAGUUGAAUAAAACUACACAGU